AUGUCUUUACAAGCUGAACAAGAUGACUUACAAGAAAGAGACCCUUUAAAUCCCAUCAAAUCAAUACCAUACCCUGUAUUAUCCACUUACACCUCUAUAGACGAUGUGGUAAAUUUAGAAUCUACAGUAGAAGUACCUCAAGGAAGACACCUAGGGAUUUUCGGCACAUGCAACAUGUUCAUAUCAAGAAUCAUCGGAAACGGCAUAUUUUCCAUUCCAUCAAGUGUAUUUAUUAAUUGUGGUGGCAACCUUAUAAUUUAUUUCACCGUAUGGGUCCUAGCUGCUAUUUUAUCCUUUUUCGGUCUAUAUUUAUAUCUAGAAUUUGGCUGUCUAAUUCCUAAAAAUGGCGGAACAAAAAAUUUUUUGGAAUUUUCAUUUGAUAAACCCAAGUAUAUGACAAGCGUGGUAUUUGGUGGGUUUACAAUAUUAACGGGAUUUGCCAUUUCAAGUGCCUUGAUUUUUGGUGAAUAUUUCAUGUUUUCUAUCGGCUUUUCUCAAGAUUUUGUGGCUAAUAAUAAAUGGCCUAAUCAUAUCGGUUCACUUACAACCCUUUUAAUUGCAAUUACACACGGAAUUUCCUUGAAAACAGGCGUCUAUAUCCAAAACACUUUGGGUGUAUUAAAAAUCUUUAUUGUCUCCAUCAUGUCCAUCAGUGGUGCCCUAGUUUUACUCGCACCACACCUAUUUACUCAUGAUAACAAGAACAUAGGAUUCCCACCUUUAACUGAUCUUCCAGGCUCACUUUCUUAUUCCUCGCUUAGUACUGCGUUCAUUCAAGCCUUUUUUUGUUAUAUAGGUUGGAAUAUGGUACACUCGGUCACUGCUGAAAUUAUUAAUCCAAACAAAACGUUGAAACUUGCUGGCUCUGUUUCGCUUUUAAUUACAUUGGUGUGUUAUAGUUUGGUAAAUUUAGCGUAUGUUAGGUUAUUAACAUAUAAUGAAAUAGUAGAUGCUGGUCCAUUACUAGGUUCUAUAUUAUUUACCAGAAUGUACGGUGAAAUAUGGGGUAGAAAAUUCAUCACUUUUUCAAUUGCUAUAUCUGCUUUGUCUAAUUUGUUUGUGGCGCUUUAUUCCAUAUCUAGAGUAAAUCAAGAAAUUUUUAGGCACGGCUACUUCCCCUUUACGGAACAAUUGUCCAAAAAUUGGCCCUUCAACUCUCCAUUCCCCUCCCUACUAGUAUCUACCUUUUUGACCAUCGGCUGGUUGACUCUUUUGCCACCAGGAAAUGGGGUAGGCUAUAAUUAUUUAGUCUCUUUAGAGGCUUAUGGUAGCCAAAUAGUUUUAUUAUUUGUUGCCAUAGGUAUUUUUGUUUAUAAGUGGAAACAUCCCAAUUUGAAACCGGCUGACAUCAAAUCAUCUUCUGUAGGAAACGCUUUUUUUAUUAUCUUUUCGUUUUACUUGGUUGUGACUCCAUUUAUAUUUAACGACUCUGGAUACAAGAACUCUUUGCCAUAUUUCCCAUCAUAUUAUUUAAUGACGAUUAUUCUUUUUUCAUUUUCGUUUUUAUUUUGGUUGGUUAAAUUCCAAAUCCUACCAAAAAUAUUUCGUUAUAAAUUAGUUCCUGAAUUAUAUACUUUGGAGGAUGGGUUAAUUAUCCAAAAAUGGGAUAAAAUAUAUUCUUAA